AUGCUUGUUGGGUCAACGGAUACCAGCCACCUUCCCGUCCCUUUCCCGCCCUCGCCCUCGCCAUCCCCCAGUCUCAUCACCCCUCCUUCUCGACCUGCUGUUACCGCCCUUUCUCCCUUCGCCCCACUCCCCUCCUCGAGCGUUAUGCCUGCCGGAGAGAAUCUGCGUGUAAUCCAACACGUGCAAGCAGCGCUUCCAUUGGAGCACGUGAGGAUCGCUCGCGUCGCCCCGCCGUCUCCCCCUCUUCCCUCGCCCUUUUCCCUCCCUAAUCUCCUUUCCGCCCCCUCGCCUUCGCCCCCGUUCCCGCCCCCCUGUCCCCACAACUCUGCUUAUUUCCCCUCCCUCGGAUCCUCUCACGCGGCCUGCUUAUAUCCCCAAUCCGCUCCCCGCCCCAGUCCUCCCCACCCUCCCCCUUCCUUUCCCGUCUCCACUUGCACUGAUUGUUGCACCUGCAGUGGUUUGCAGCAACCCGCCGCCACCCAGUUGACUUCUUUCCUCCCCCCUCCCCCCCAUCCGCCUCUCUUGGCCUCAAUCCCUUACUUCCUCAACAUGUCCUCCUUGCCUCCCCUGCCUGCCUGCUUUUCCUCUUCCCCCCCCUCUGCACUCCCCCUUCUCUCCUCUCCCCUCUCCCCUCACACCGUGCCACUGUGCCUCAGAUCACCCCUCCCCUCAUCUUCCCUUCCCCUCAUCUUCCCUUCCCCUCAUCUUCCCUUCCCCUCAUCUUCCCUUCCCCUCAUCUUCCCUUCCCCUCAUCUUCCCUUCCCCUCAUCUUCCCUUCCCCUCAUCUUCCCUUCCCCUCAUCUUCCCCGUUCUCCCCUCAUCUUCCCCGCUCUCCCCUCAUCUUCCCUUCCCCUCAUCUUCCCCGUUCUCCCCUCAUCUUCCCCGCUCUCCCCUCAUCUUCCCUUCCCCUCAUCUUCCCCGUUCUCCCCUCAUCUUCCCCGUUCUCCCCUCAUCUUCCCCGCUCUCCCCUCAUCUUCCCUUCCCCUCAUCUUCCCAGGCAGGCAGGAAGGCAGGCGCGAAGGAAUCGCCACGAUCCGAACAUCCUCUCUCGCGCUCUCCUUCUGCCCCUCGUCCUUGCUGGCGAAGGUGCUCGCGUCUUUCGAGGCGCCUCAACCGGCGGCGACGGUGGUGGGCGGCGCUGCCCUCCUCCGCCGUGGACGAGGCGCGGGCGCCAUGCUCGCAUGCUGCCUGAUUCAUUCGCGCGGAGGUACGUGCGGCGCUACCCUCCGUCGCCACAGACGAGGAGGGCAGGGCGUGGUGGGGAGGGCAGGGCGCGGUGGGGAGGGCAGGGCGCGGUGGGAAGGGCAGGGCGCGGUGGGGAGCGAGGAUGGGGAGGGAAGGGCGCAGUGGGGAGGGGGGAAGGUGGGGAGGGGAGGGCGCAGUGAGGAGGGGGGAAAGUGGGGAGGGGAGGGCGCAGUGGGGAAUGGGGAAGGUGGGGAGGGGAGGGCGCAGUGGGGAGGGAGGAAGGUGGGGAGGGGAGGUGCAGUGGGGAGGGGGGAUGGUGGGGAGGGGAGGGCGCAGUGGGGAGGGGGGAUGGUGGGGAGGGGAGGGCGCAGUGGCGAGGGGGGAAGGUGGGGAGGGGGAGGCGCAGUGGGGAGGGGGGAAGGUGGGGAGGGGAGGGCGCAGUGGGGAGGGGGGAAGGUGGGGAGGGGAGGGCGCAGUGGGGAGGGGGGAAGGUGGGGAGGGGAGGGCGCAGUGGGGAGGGGGGAAGGUGGGGAGGGGAGGGCGCAGUGGGGAGGGGGGAAGGUGGGGAGGGGAGGGCGCAGUGGGGAGGGGGGAAGGUGGGGAGGGGAGGGCGCAGUGGGGAGGGGGGAAGGUGGGGAGGGGAGGGCGCAGUGGGGAGGGGGGACAGUCGCGGCGCUGCCCUCCGCCGCGUCGGGCAAGCCACCACCUUUGCUGCCCGCCAUCAAGCACAAGGUGCAGCGUGCGAAGGCGUUUGUACAACAGGGGCUGAGGAGGGGAGCGAGGAGGGGCGCGAGGAGGGGAGCGAAGAGGAGUGAGAAGGAGGAAAGUGAGGAGGUGAGUGAGGAGGAGAAGUUGAGGGUGUGUUGGAGAAAGGAGGAGAGGGGAGAAGGGGAGGUGCAGGCGAGGGAGGGGAGAGGAGAGUGUGGGGUUGGGGGAGGGGAGGGCGUGGGGGAGAUUGUCAUAGAGGACACGGGAGGGGAGCAGGUCGAUGCGAUCAAAGAGACUGAGAAAAAGGGGAGGGGGGCGCGAACAGGGAGAGCGUUGGGGAGGAGGAGAGCAGAGAGGAGGAAAGUAGAGAGGAGGGAGACGAGGGUGGUGAGGAGGGAGAGAAGGAAAAGGAGCAACAAGGUGGAGAGCUGGGAGUUGCUGGGUGAACAGGAGUGGCAAAGAACUGAGGAGGACGAAGCUGCCAGGAAGGAGGAGAGGAGAAUGUCAGGGAUGACGUCAUCAGAUUGGAGGGAGGGGAGCAGCAGCAGGCAGCAGAGAGCCAAGGGGCGAUCGAGUAGGGGGGGAGAGGCCGGGUGUGUGCGUUGGGGGGGGGGAGGGCAGGUGCGUGCGGUGGGGGGAAAGGGCAGGUGCGCGGUGGGGGGAAAGGGCAGGUGCGCGGUGGGGGGAAAGGGCAGGUGCGCGGUGGGGGGAAAGGGCAGGUGCGCGGUGGGGGGAAAGGGCAGGUGCGCGGUGGGGGGAAAGGGCAGGUGCGCGGUGGGGGGAAAGGGCAGGUGCGCGGUGGGGGGAAAGGGCAGGUGCGCGGUGGGGGGAAAGGGCAGGUGCGCGGUGGGGGGAAAGGGCAGGUGCGCGGUGGGGGGAAAGGGCAGGUGCGCGGUGGGGGGAAAGCCACACAAGUGCCCCAGGCGCCUCAAAGGGCGCCAACGGUGGUGGGCGGCGCUGCCCUCCGCCGCGUCGGACAAGGUGCGGUCGCCGGAUGAGGUGCAAAGGGAGGGCGCAGUGGGUAGGGGAGGGCGCAGUGGAGCACAUAUUCCCUUCCCGUCACUCGCAUUUCCCCUGCGACUCGUCCGCAUUUCCCUUUCCGUCGCCCACGCGUACUCCCCUCUUGUCGCCCACGCUCACUCCCCUCCCGUCGCCCACGCUCACUCCCCUCCCGUCACCUUCGCUCACUCCCCUAUCGCCGCCACGCUCACUCCCCUCCCGUCGCCCACGCUCACUCCCCUCCCGUCGCCCACGCUCACUCCCCUCCCGUCACCUUCGCUCACUCCCCUAUCGCCGCCACGCUCACUCCCCUCCCGUCGCCCACGCUCACUCCCCUCCCGUCGCCCACGCUCACUCCCCUCCCGUCACCUUCGCUCACUCCCCUAUCGCCGCCACGCUCACUCCCCUCCCGUCGCCCACGCUCACUCCCCUCCCGUCGCCCACGCUCACUCCCCUCCCGUCACCUUCGCUCACUCCCCUCCCGUCGCCCACGCUCACUCCCCUCCCGUCACCUUCGCUCACUCCCCUCCCGUCGCCCACGCUCACUCCCCUCCCGUCGCCCACGCUCACUCCCCUCCCGUCACCUUCGCUCACUCCCCUACCGCCGCCACGCUCACUCCCCUCACGUCGCGUGGGGGAACUCCCCAUCCAUCGCCCACGCGCGUUUCCCCUUCCGUCGCCCACGCGAACUCCCCUCCCGUCGCCCACGCUAACUCCCCUUCCAUCGUGUACACCCAUCCCUCUCCUCCUCAUCCCUCAUGUCCCCGUCCCUCACCUCCCUAA